UACCAUAGUUACAGAUACAUGUCCUAGAACUUUCAUUAUAUGUGGACAAGUAUUAGUAAAUGAAUUCGAAAAAAAAUGAAGGAUAAAUUUAUGAUUUGAAUGAAAUAAAGGACAACAUUAUUUUAUAGCCACUAUAUAAUACAACAUUUUAAUGAUAUUUAAGCCAUAUUACAAUCUCAUUCUCUCUAGUUAAGAUGAAGUUUAUUAUGUUACUAUGCGUAACUUUUGUGUUAUUGACUUAUUCAACAUUCAUAAGUAAAGCACACCAUACUGAAGAAGGGGACGAUGAAGAUAUGGAUCACUCAAAAAACAAGGAAGAAGAUAAAGAUGAAAACGAAAAUGAGCAUGAAGAUGAAACUGAAGAGAAAAACGGGAAAGAUGAUAAAACCAAAGAAAAGAAUGAAGAAGCACAUGAAAAUGUAGGGGAAAAGCAUAAAGUCAAAGAGAAAAAGAAAAAUAAGGAUAACAAUAAAAAGAAAAGUGAUAGUGAAGAUGAGAAUGUGAAUGAUGAAAAUGUCGACUCAAAACAUGGAAUGAAAGCAAUAUAUAAAGUUCUAAAGAAAUCCUUUAAAAAUGGACGUAUGAAAAUGUACAAAACAUUCGAUACUUAUUUGAGAAAAGAUGAUUUAGACAAGAAAAUGCUUGAAGUUGCUAAAAUCCUUAGCAGACGUAUUGAAAAACGAGCGGAUUAUCUAGCACAGAAAUUGAAAGAAAUGUUAGCAUAUGAAACAUCAUAGCAACAUAAAGUUUCAUUGCCUUAUUAAGGGAGUAUAUAUAUAUAUAUCUUUGCAUUCAACAAUCUGAAAGCAUUACAGGAUACAUAAAUGUUUUAUUGAUCUUACAAAUAUAUCAUCAUUACUACUACUACUGCUACUACUACUACUACUACUA